GGCCCCGCCGCGCUGCCGCCGGUGCGGCUCUCGGUGGUGCGGCUGGCCCGGAGCCGCAGCCCGCCCGGGGGAGCCGCCGAGCGCAGCCGCGUGUGCUGCAACCUCGGCCGGGAGCUGCAUUUCUACGGAGGGGAUGGGAGCGGGGGACGAGGAAACCGGAGGGCGCUGGACCUGCAGCGCCCCAUCGACAAGCGCGUCUACCAGGGCGCGCAGCCCACGUGCCACGACUUCAACCAGUUCACGGCGGGCGCCGAGACGCUGGCGCUGCUCGUGGGCUUCUCGGCCGGCCAGGUGCAGUGCCUGGACCUGGCCAAGAAGGACAGCGCCGGGCGGCUCUUCAACGAGGAGCGCCUGAUCGACCGGUCCAAGGUGACGCGGGUCAAGUGGCUACCGGACACGGAGCGCCUGUUCCUGGCGUCGCACGCCAGCGGCCACCUGUACCUGUACGACGCGGCGCAGCCGAGCGGCGCCGGCAGCCCGCGCUACUCGCUGCUGACGCAGGGCGAGGGCUUCAGGGUCUUCUCCUGCCGCAGCAAGACGCCGAGGAACCCGCUGCUCAAGUGGGCCGUGGGCUCGGGGCCGCUCAACGAGUUCGCCUUCUCGCCCGACGGCCGCUCGCUGGCCUGCGUCAGCCAGGACGGCGUGCUGCGCGUCUUCCACUUCUCCUCCAUGCUGCUGCAGGGCAUGAUGAGGAGUUAUUUCGGGGGGCUCCUCUGCGUCUGUUGGAGCCCCGACGGUCGUUACGUGGUCACCGGCGGUGAGGAUGAUUUGGUGACCGUGUGGUCGUUCGCUGAAGGUCGUGUGGUGGCCCGAGGUCGAGGUCACAAGUCGUGGGUCAACGCGGUGGCUUUCGAUCCUUUCGCUCCUCCCGAUGGUGCUCGGGAACCCCCGAGCGUCGCUUACCGCUUCGGGUCGGCCGGGCAGGACACGCAGUUCUGCUUGUGGGACCUGACCGAGGAGGUGCUGGAGCUCCGGUCCGCCCAUCCCCGCCUCCGCCCCGCCGCUCCCGGGGAUCCACCGCCGGUGGUGGUGGUACCGGCGCUGCCGCGCUCCUUGUCCCGCUCCAACAGCCUCCCCCAGCCCGCCGGGGGUCCCCAGAUGUCACCGCGGGUCCCUCCGGUGAUGAGCACCGGGCGUUUCUCCACGCUGACCCCGCGGGAACCCCGCGGCGGCGGUGCCGGGAAGGAGCAGAAGCGUUACCACAGCCUGGGCAGCAUCAACCGGGCCGAGAAAACCGCGCCGGGGGUCGGUGCCGGGGCGGCGCGGGGGUCGCUGGACAUGGGCAAGGUGCUGGGCACGGCGCUGUGCCCGCGGCUGCACGAGGUGCCCCUGCUGGAGCCGCUGGUGUGCAAGAAAAUCGCCCAGGAGAGGCUGACGGUGCUGCUGUUCCUGGAGGAUUGCAUCGUGACUGCCUGCCAGGAGGGGCUCAUCUGCACCUGGGCACGGCCAGGGGUCUCU